ACGUAUAACAGCGAUGAAAAGCAUUCCUUGCGGAACAUUUUGUUCGGUCACCGUUGGUUGUCGGACACAUUUCAAAGUAGGACCAAACUCGUUUCCGUUCGCUGUCAAGUGUAGAGACGAGGCAGCGAGUUUUACCAUUUUUGACCCUCGGCGCUAGAUCUGAGUUUUGUGACCAGACAUCAUGACACUUUUUCACUUUGGAAACUGCUUUGCCUUGGCCUACUUUCCAUACUUUAUAACAUACAAAUGCAGUGGCCUCUCAGAGUAUAACGCCUUCUGGAGAUGCGUCCAAGCUGGUGCAACUUACUUGUUUGUCCAACUCUGCAAAAUGCUUUUUCUUGCUACAUUUUUUCCUACUUGGGAAGGAGGAGCAGGAGUUUAUGACUUUGUCGGGGAGUUCAUGAAGGCAACAGUCGACCUGGCAGACUUGUUGGGUCUCCAUCUGGUAAUGUCCCGCAAUGCCGGAAAAGGAGAGUACAAGAUCAUGGUGGCUGCCAUGGGCUGGGCAACGGCAGAACUUGUGAUGUCAAGGUGUCUUCCACUUUGGGUCGGAGCCAGAGGGAUUGAGUUUGACUGGAAGUACAUCCAGAUGAGUUUUGACUCUAACAUAAGUUUGGUCCAUUACAUUACCAUGGCAGCUGCAGUGUGGAUGUUUACACGCUAUGAUCUUCCAAAGAGCUUCCGGCUGCCUGUCACGGUGCUGGUGGCUCUAUGUGUCUACAAGGCCUUUUUAAUGGAGUUGUUCGUCCACGUUUUCCUGCUGGGCAGCUGGACGGUGCUGCUGGUGAAGGCCGUGCUGACGGGUGCCAUCUCUCUCGCCUCGCUGUUCCUCUUCGUCAAUCUGGUUCACAGCAUCUAAACGGUACCUCAGAAGAUCUGGACAUCGAGUUAGAAGCUGACCCCUGAUGUCUGUUUCUGUAACACUAUUGGAUUUGGAAGAAGUUUUGGAAACAAAAAACGGUGAUCUGACUACAACAAACCUGCAGCAGGUGUUUGCUUCUGUGAUCAGGUUUUUGUUUUCUUUGAUUGAAGAUGCUGGAGAAACAACACCAGACAGUUUCCGCUGUACAAUUGUGUUUGUUUGAUGAUAAUGUGAAUUUUGUAUCCAAGCAAAUACAAGCAAAUUUAAAACAUUCUUCUGUCGUAGCGUUCAGUUUACUAAAAUCAACUAAUUUUAUCUGACGAUCAAUUUUUUUCCCACAAAAUUACAUCAAUUUAUUUAUAUUUAAAUACAAAUAAGACUGAGUGAUUUAUGGUUUUAGGACUAACUGCUGGUUCACUUCCAUUUCUUUGUAACUUAAAAAAAAAACUCAGGCUGGCUGUACUGUAAAAGAACUGAAGUCCAGUUGGCAUCUUAACUUCUUCAUGUUGACUUAAACUUCUGUUUUUAUACCCAAAUAAACAUCAGCGUUUUGACUAAUGUGUCUG